UAAAAAAACAGGAAAACAUGUUACAUAUUAAAAAUUGUAAAAUAAAAUUAGCUACCGUUUGAUGUUAUAUAUUAAAAAUUGUAAAAAAAAAUUGAAGCAAACCUUAGAACGGUGCCCGAUUUAUUCACCCCAUCCCUCUCUCUCAAUCGUGUUACAGAAAGCACCAUGGACCGCCGAGCGGCUGCCCCCUGAUUUGAAACAGGAAAGGCCAUUCCGCCGAACCGACGGCGCUGAGGUUCCUGUAGGUCUCCAGCAUCACCUCCUUGUAGAGACUCCUCUGGGACGGAUCCAGCAGACUCCAUUCCUCCCACGUGAAGUCGACCCGCAUGUCAUCCGAGGUCACGGCGUUCUAAAAUAUCCCACACGGGAUACCAAACACGUCAUGCAAGGUCACUGCGUUCAAAAAUAUCCCACACGGGAUACUGAACACGUCAUCAUAUGAUAUCGAAUACGUCAUGCAAGGUCACGGUCUGCUUCUGCUGCUGCUGCUGCUGGUAGUGGUGGUUCUACAUUUGUCCUUUUGUGGUGCUGGCUCAGAACAUAACAAAGCUGCCCAGAGCUGCCGACUCACAGAUGUUUUCCUCUACCCAUCUGAGAGAGAGCUGGCCGAGGGCAGUGCAGCUGGCAAGUGGUCUGCAGGCCGCAUCAGCUCCUGGGUGGGCUUCUCCAUCUUCAUCUUGACGGCAUCGGUUGGGACGCUCUGCUACCUGCGUGGAGUCUCAGGAAAGAACCUGGGGUCUCCCUGUGUGGACAAUGACAUUCGCUUCCCACCCGAGCAAGAGGUGACCUCCGUGAACUCUGGUCUACCCUGGGUCCGCAUCGUCCACCCAAUUUCAAGAGAAUCUACCGUCAUGGCCAGUGUUUCUGAGCGUCCGCCGCCAGCCGACCCCAAGUGGGAAAUAUCGAGAACUCGGCUGACACUUGGUCAUUCUCUAGGAGAAGGCUGCUUUGGCCAGGUUUUUAAGGCAGAGGCUGUUGGCCUUCACCUGGACAACACUGCCAAGCCCGUCACCGUGGCUGUGAAAAUGCUGAAAGAUGAUGCCAACGGCCAGGACUUGUCGGACCUGGUGUCUGAGAUGGAGAUGAUGAAAGUUAUUGGCCGGCACGAGAACAUUAUCAACCUGCUGGGGGCCUGCACACAGGGCGGGCCAUUGUAUGUGCUGAUGGAGUACGCAGCCAAGGGCAACCUCCGGGACUUCCUGCGGGCACAAAGGCCGCUCAGCGCGGAAUGCUAUGGUGCCUCCAGGCUGCCAGAAGAACAGCUCACCCGCAAAGAUCUCGUGUCCUGUGCCUGUCAGGUGGCCCGAGGUAUGGAGCACCUGGCUUCUCGGAAGUGCGUUCACAGAGACUUGGCUGCCAGAAACGUGUUGGUGACUGAGGACAACGUGAUAAAGAUUGCAGAUUUUGGCCUGGCCCGUGAUGUGCACCGUCUGGGAUACUACAAGAAGAUCACGCACGGCCGGCUCCCCGUGAAGUGGAUGGCACCAGAGUCCCUGUUGGACGGAGUCUACACCCACCAGAGUGAUGUGUGGUCCUUUGGAGUCCUGCUCUGGGAGAUCUUUACCCUGGGGGGCUCCCCAUACCCCGGCAUCCCAGCGGAAGAGCUUUUCAAGCUGUUGAAAGCCGGCUACCGCAUGCACAAGCCUGCCGACUGCCCACACGACUUGUAUGUGGUCAUGCGGGACUGUUGGCGUGCGGUGCCUUCCCGGAGGCCCACCUUCAAGCUCCUGGUAGAGGGAUUCGAUGGCAUCCUCACGCACGUCAGCCCACGUGAGAACCACCCGACCCUGCCCUCCCUGAUCCCCGUGUGGGCCGCUCCUCCACGUUCCAGAUGGGGUCGGCUUGCGAGGGCCAGCCUGGACACAGAUGGCCGUGGGAUCGAGGGGAUGCGUCCUGACCCAGUCCUGUGACCUUCUCUGCCACCAGGUACGCCUGGACCUACCGAUGCCUUUUGAGCAGAGCUUGCCAGGUGAUGGGGAUACCGGGAGCCCCAGUUCCUUAGAGACGACUGUUCACCCACGCCCUGCUGCGCCCAACCCGACCCGAGCAUCGGAGGCCUCAGACGUGAGGGGCCCAGGAUCCCAUAGACCAAGCCCCGGUUAAUGUUUACGGAUAUAAAAACGUAUGGGGCCUUUACAAGUUGUAUUUGCUACAGGGUUAGCACUUCUUAUGUGACGCUUCCUCGUUUUGUAGGAUUGGCUAUGACGUUUCAAACCUAGUGAGAAAAAGCAGUGAA